CUGAGAGCAGCGGCGGCGGCAGCUCACUCACACACACCUCCCCGUAUAACAGCGUUUCUGCUCUGUUUCUGUGUGCAGCAGCAGCAGCAGCAUCAGUGUCGGUGUUAGCGUUGCCGGGCCAUGCACACGCACCGUGCGUUCAAGGAGAUGCAGUAGUGGUGGUGGCUGCUGCUGCUGCUUCUGUCCGAUCAGCUGUCUUUUUGUGUCUUCAGCAUCAGCAUCAUCAUCGCCGCGACGGACAGAGGAAUCGCCAUCAAGCACCGCGGACAGGGACACCGCAGAGCGGAUUACACAGGAUGGAAUUCAAGAAUCUGGUGGAGGCGGCCGAGAAGUGGUGCACCGGGAACCCGUUCGACCUCAUCUUCGCGGAGGAGGACGACGAGAGGCGGCUGGACUUUUACGCAGAGCCCGGCGUCUCCUUCUACGUGCUGUGUCCCGGCGACACCGACAGCUUUCAUGUGUGGAGCGAGAGCGAGGACUGUCUCCCCUUCCUACAGUUGGCCCAGGAUUACAUCUCUUCCUGUGGGAAAAAGACUCUUCUGGAGGUGCUGGAGAAGGUCUUCACAUCCUUCAGACCUUUACUCGGUCUUCCAGACAUAGAAGAUGACAGUUUUGAGCAUUAUCACAAUGACAUGGAAGGAGAACCAGGGCCUGACCAGCAGCAGAUGGGAGUCAGCCAGCAGUGAUCUGUCCCUGAAAGGCCUGCAGCUGGGAUAGAGCGACCCAAAAAAUCCCAGGCCACAACUCCUGCGUCCCCACUACUGUUACACAUAUAUACACACACACACACACAUAGACAAACAAACACACACACACACUUGCUAAAAAAAAUGUUCUUGAAUGUUUCAGUGGCUUUGCUUUCCAAAGAGUGCCCUCUCUGUGCACUUUGUCGCCCCCUACGACACGCGCCCGCCCGCCCACACACACACACGAAGGCUACGUGAGUCGUCUUAUCAUUCACCAUUGGGUUAGUUAAAGUUCCACAGCACAGCAAUACUAGUUACGUGGGUUGACUUUCAUAUGCAGAAAUACGGUCAGAUGUUAACGCAAUACUCUACUUCCUCUCCGAACGCUGAGAUGAAUGUGGAAGAUAACCUACUUUCUUUAUUCUUGGUUGACACUAAGGCAGUGCGAGAGGGAAAGCGGUCGGAAACUGACGGUUGAAAACGUGGAGUGAUGUACGAGCAGCGAGUUGGGAGAACGGUAUUAGAUACGUGUCCGAAAAGUGUUUGAAAACAUUUGUGCUCCCCGGUGUAGAAAUCAAAGCUUCACAGUAGCAUGGGUCGUAUUUUAGAAACGUGUCUCUCUGUUUCGUUUUAUGGGGACAUUUGAAAUCUGUGCUACUUAUUAUAUCACCGUCACCACGGAGACAUUAAUGCUGCAGCUUAAUCUCUUCCCCGUUCAGCAU